UAUAUAAGGUACAUUCCUUUCCAAAAAUAAAUGUCAUAGUUUUAUCACGGAAAUUAAAUAAUGUGAAAAAACCCUAAUUACACAGACAUCACUGUCUGCUUCUUCUCGCCAAAGCUUGUAUGGAGAGGCAGUGAGUGCUCACUCUUAGUGCUUUUUAGUCAGAGAAGAACACACGCGGCUUAUGAAACCCUAGCAUCUUUGUGUCCAUUAUAUUAUAAUUCACGUCAAUUUUAUAUAUAUUAUUCGCAUACUCUUUUGGGGCUUUGUCUUAACUCGCUUUAAAACAAAACAGUGUUUAAAUAUACGUAUUUGUUUGCCUAAAUGUGUCACGUCUUUUCCCUUUCUUGUCGAGUGCGAGCAUCAUCCUUGUCGUGUUCCUUUUAAGUUCUUGUGUCUCUUUAAACUCAAACCUCUAUUCUCAAUUCAAGAUCUAAACCUUUAAGUGGGUUUUCGGGUUUCUAACUCUUUUUUUUUUUUUUUUAUCUAAAGAUCGGAUCUUUGCAAAUUAGGGUUUUGUGUCUUUUGAAUUAAGUACUUGGUCUUUGCUUUUUUUGGGGUGUGCAACUAUGGCGAAUCCAUGGUGGACGGGACAAGUGGGUCUCUCAGGCCUCGAAACGACGCCGUCGAGUUCAUCUCAGAUGAAGAAACCCGAUCUCCACAUCUCCAUGAACACGGCCCUUGGGUCCACGGCGAGUGAGCCCGGUCACAACCAUCACCGGGACGUGGACGACGAGAGAGACAACCAUAGCGACCACGAGCCACGCGAGGGGGCCGUGGAAGCUCCCACGCGCCGCCCACGAGGCCGCCCAUCUGGCUCCAAGAACAAACCCAAGCCUCCGAUCUUCGUCACGCGCGACAGCCCCAACGCGCUCAAGAGCCACGUCAUGGAGAUCGUUAGCGGCUCCGACGUGGUCGAAACCCUGGCAACCUUCGCUAGGCGGCGGCAACGCGGCGUUUGUAUCCUCAGCGGCAAUGGAACAGUCGCAAAUGUCACGCUCCGACAACCUUCAUCCUCGGCCGCUGCCGGAGGAGGAGGCGGUGGAACAGGCGCAACGGGAUCGGUUAUGGCCUUACACGGAAGAUUCGAGAUUCUUUCCUUGACGGGCUCGUUCCUCCCAGGGCCCGCCCCGCCGGGGUCCACCGGCCUGACCAUAUACCUAGCCGGCGGCCAAGGCCAAGUGGUCGGGGGGAGUGUGGUUGGGCCACUGGUCGCAGCAGGGCCAGUGAUGCUCAUCACGGCCACGUUCUCGAACGCUACGUAUGAGAGAUUGCCUUUGGAGGAGGAGGAGGAGAGAGCGGGAGGAGGGCCGGGAGAGCUCGCUGGAGGAGGAGGAUCGCCGCCGAGCGGUGGAGGCGGCGGAGGAGAAGUAAACCAGGGGCUUCUGGUGUAUGGUUUGCCGGGAAAUCUUGUCAACGGCGGAGGAGGGCAGGUUGGCGGCCAAGAUGCUUAUGGUUGGUCUCAAACUCGGCAGGGUUAUUAAUAAACGGAUUGAAAAGGGCUAAUUAACAGAAUAUAUAUUUUCGGAUAUAAUAAGAAUGAGAUCUUGAUUAAUGAUGGUACUACUAGUAUGCUAUUUAGUGUUUGUUGUACAUCAUUUGGUUUCCACUAUUGGCUGUGAUCAUGGAUUAGUUUCACUUCGUAAUUUGCUUGACAUGAUCUUAAUUAUUGAUAUUUA